GUCGUACAGGCGUUGUAACGUUGUCGUACGGUCGUCGUUCUAUAGCACGUCGGUCGGUGUGGUGCGCCGCGUAUACGUGCGCGAGCGAGGCGAUCGAGAGAGAGAGAGAGAGCGCAGGGCGUAGAGAGCGAGACCGUGUGCCAAGGGGGGCGAGCGAACCGCUGCGUGUCGCGCGGAUACCCUCUCGCGCGCCUGCCGGACCGGAGAGCAGAGCGGAGCCGAGCGGAGUCAUCGCCAUGGCCCCGUGCGCGUGGUCCUUCCGCGGUAACCUCAACCGGUUCCUCGUAAACGCGCCGAUCCUGCAGUGCCUGAUCGUGCUGGUGAGCCUGUUCAACUUCUCCCUGUGCCUCUACGAGGACCAAGUCGGCAAAUUCGAUUGGAGGCAGAACUACGUCGGGAGGAUCAAGUUCGCCAGCUUCGACACGGUGUCCACGGCGAAGAAGAUAAUCGUCGCCACCGAGGAGAACGUUAUUGCCGCGCUUAAUCUGAAGUCGGGCCAGAUAUUAUGGAGGCGGGUGCUGGAGAAAGGUUAUGGCGGUCACAUCAGGACCCUAGGCGGUGUCGCGGACGGGGAUUUGAUAUCCGUGAGCGGCGGCGUCCCGGCCAUCGUCCGCGCCUGGGACCUGGCGACCGGGCACAUACUUAACGAGUGGCCGAUUGCCGAGCCGAACUCCGACAGGAUAAAAGACGUAAAGUGGCACAUCAAAGAUGGAACGUUGCAUCACAUAUUACCCAUUUAUAACAGCGGAGUGGAGGUAACGUCUUACGACAGCAAGACCGGUGAAAAGUUGAAGACCCGGAGGGUCUCUGCGUCAUUUAUAAGCCGAGAAACAGAGUGUGUUCUAACGGCUCCCUACUUGGCGUGCUUGAAGGGAGACAGCUCCCUAGCUGUGGUAUUUCUAGUGCAUCUAUUCGACACGAAUGCGCAGUCACAGUCAGUCACGAUAAACACGAUAUUUGGGGCUGGCGCCCAAGGACCGUAUAAACUGGAGUCUGUGCCCGGGGAAGGACCUGUAAUUUCUAUUAAUGCCGAUAAUGACCAGCGAAAGCGGAUUUUAGUUAUCGGAGAGUCUCCAACUCCCAUACAGAGAGACAUCGCCGGUGACGCGACCCUUCACGUUGUCUCCGUCGACAACGAGAAGAUACUCUUGGAGACGACGUACAAAAAUGGAAAAAUAGAGAUAACGGCUACAAACCUGUUAUCGUCCGCGCUCGUACCUGAGUUAUCAGUCACUUUGACCCACGCUUCUAUACAAUCACCCACCAUAAUGGCAUCCGUUUGCCCGCGGCAAGCGAAAGGGAUAACGUGCCGUCACUUGUUGUCCUCGCAAGAUCACACCAUUGCGCUGUUGCAACACAAUAAGCUGGUAUGGGCAAGGGAAGAGGCGCUCGCCAGCAUUGUGGCCGUUGAAAUUAUGGAAUUGCCCAUGUCCGACAGGGAUCAAGCUAUCGAGACGGAAUUCGAUCAGAAGGAGAGUAUUGAUGUAGACAGUUCAUGGGACGUGCUAAGUAUGUUUCUUCGAAGGAUCACUUCGCAGAUUAAUCAAGCCAGAGCGUUCUUUCAAACGAUACUGGAUUUGGUACCUCAGCAGUCCAAUCAACGUAUUGAUCUGGUGCAAGAUAAGUUCGGCUUGCACAAAAUGAUCGUAGCCGUCACAUCCGCCGGGAAGUUGUACGGUAUUGAGACCAGAAAAGGUGAAAUUAUCUGGCAGCUCAGGCUGCCCAACAUCCGCGGUUUCACGAAGCUGUCUAACACGAUGAUCCUGUACGUGCAAAGGGGCAGCAGGCAUUUUCCUCAUCCACCUCAAUGUGCAUUAUUAGCGGAAGAUAAAGAAACCGGAGAGGGUGUUAUAUACACCUUCAAUCCGAUUACCGGACAGUCGUUGGACGGGCUGGUGAAACUUGGUUACAAAAUAAAGCAGUCUAUGUUAUUGCAUGUAGCGACCGACGACUUCCUACGCGGUAUCCUCAUUCUUGAUGCACGGGAUAAAGUUCACGUAUAUCCCGACAGCGCUACCGCAGUUGCGGCUUCGCUCGGGAAGAACACGUAUCUCUUCACCGCUGAUCAAACGACGGGAAUAUUAUCCGGCUUCUCUCUUUCGUACAGCACAACUCAGGAGUUAAUCGCUCACAAAGUGUGGGAGCUGCUGCUGUCGCCAAGAAACCAAAGAAUAACGCAGGUUGUAGCGAAAAAUCCAAUAGAACGUGUGCACUCGCAAGGGAGAGUCUUGAGUGAUAGAUCAGUAUUGUAUAAAUACAUUAAUCCUAAUUUAGUGGCCAUAGUGACAGAAGGCAUUGGACAUGCCCAUAAGAGUACGCUUAAUUUAUAUCUACUAGACGUAGUAUCUGGGGCUAUGAUUUUUUCUAUUACGCACAAGAGAGUACGUGGUCCAAUCCAUAUUGUGCACUCGGAAAAUUGGUUGGUAUACAGCUAUUUUAGUGAGAAGGGACGUAGAACAGAAAUCGCUACGUUAGAACUCUACGAAGGAAAGAUACAGAGCAACAUCACAGUGUUCUCUUCUUUAGCAACAACAAAAUUGCCAAUUGUAGAAAGACAAGCUUUCAUUUUUCCGGCAUCUAUAGAUUAUAUGCAGGAAACAAUCACAGAAAAGGGUAUCACUAGCAAACAUAUAAUAGUCGCUUUAGCCAAUGGUGGAAUAUUAGAGUUGCCGUGGAUGAUGGUGGAUCCACGACGGCCUAUUAAUCCUGAAAUGCGAGAAGAAGGGGUCAUACCAUACAUGCCAGAGAUUCCAGUCCAUAUGGAUGCUAUUAUUAAUUAUAAUCAAAGCGUUUCUAGGGUUAUGGGUAUUCACACUAGUCCCAGUGGCCUUGAAAGUACUUGUUUAGUUUUUGUACAUGGUCUUGACCUGUUUUACACAAGAGUGGCACCGUCUAAAACAUUCGACGUCCUAAAAGAGGACUUUGAUUAUUAUCUUAUUGUGAUAGUACUCGCAGCGCUGUUGAUCUCAUCGUACGUCACCAAAAAAUUAGCAUCCCAAAAAGCUCAAAAGCAAGCGUGGAAAUGAUGCCUUGUUUUUUUAGAAUUGUGUAAUAUUUAUGAAUCUGUUCACUAUAGGCAAGAAUUUUUCCUAAAAACAACUUGUAAGAUAUACUGUUUUAUAAAUAGCUAAUUUUAAAAUACAA